GGGGUCGGGAUCCUUUUGGAGUCGGGAUCUUUCUGGGGUCGGGAUCCUUUUGGAGUCAGGAUCCUCUCGGGGUCACUCCCCGAGCUGCAGCCCCGGUUCCCCGUGACUCACAUCCUUCCCCGCUGCCAUCCCCCGGCCCGGGGCUGCUGUCCCCACGGCCGUCCCCACGGCCGGGGCCCCGUGGCUUCCUCCCCGCCGGCCCCCCACUUGUCCCCGGCAGGGCGGGGUGUCCCUCUGGGGGGGACGGGGACACCGCGGCGCCCGCGGGCCCUGCGUCAGCACCGGCAGCGGCUUCAAAACGCGGCAGCGGGGAGGAAGUGGGAGCGGAGCCCGGCGCGAUGUCGGAGCUGGAGCGGCUGCGGCAGAGCGACAUCCCCGCGGGCCGGCAGCGGCUGCGGGAGCAGCACGGCAACCUGCUGCGGGUGGCCGAGUACUGCCACAGCAACUACCUGCAGGCCGGCGACAAGAGGAAGGCGCUGGAAGAGACGAUGGCUCUGAGCACGCAGUCCCUGGCCAGUGUCACCUACCAGGUCAGCAGCCUGGCCACCGCCUUCCUGCGCCUGCUGGACCUGCAGGCGGCCCAGCUGCGCCAGGUGGAGGCUGACAUCACCUGCGUGGCACAGAGCGUGGACGUGCACAAGGAGAAGGUGGCGCGCCGCGAGAUCGGCGCGCUGACCGUCACCAAGAGGUUCCUGAGCUACCAGAAGAUCGUGGCCCCCCCGAGCCCCCCCGUGCUGGAGCCCUAUUACAGGAAACCCCUCAGCUUCAGCGUGCUGGACGACAUCGGCCACGGGGUCAAGGACACCAGCACGCAGCUGUCCCGCACCGGCACCCUGGCUCGGAAAAGCACCAAAUCCUCCUCGGCACAGGCUGCGGGAACGCUGGGGAGGAGCAGCCGUGUCCCCGAGCCGGUGCAGCCGCCCGUGGUUCCCGCGGGGAAGCUCCCGAGCAGCUCCUGCAGCUCCUCCCCGCUGCCCCCAAGCUCCAGCGGGGCCCCGGCAGCUCCUGGGGACGGGAUUCCUGCCCCGCCACCUCUGCCAGCGCCACCCCUGCUGGCACCGUCCCCUCCGGGGCCACCCCCGCCUGCCGCUGCCAUCCCACCUCCGCCACCCCUCCCUGGGGACCUGCUGCCACCCCCGGACCUGCCGCCCCCAGCCCCCGGUGACCUCGAGCCGCUGCCGCCGCCCUCGGCUGUGCCCGACUUUGGGGACCUGGAGCUGCCACCGCCACCAGCCGCAGAGGACCCCCCGUGGGCCCCGGAGAGCUACCUGGAGAAAGUGGUGGCCCUGUUCCCGUACGCGCGGCAGAGGGACACGGAGCUGUCGCUGGAGCCGGGCGCGCUGCUCUUCGUCACCCGGCGCCGCCCGGACGGCUGGUGCGAGGGCGUGCGGGGCCAGCAGCGCGGGCUCUUCCCCGGCGCGUACGUGCAGCCCCUGUGAGCCCCGCGGGCCCCGCCUCGCCUUUCCUCGGGAUUUCGGCUUCGGCACGGCCGGGAAUGCCCGGGGAUGGCACUGCUGGCACUGCUGGCACUGCUGGCACAGCUUCCAGAAUGUUCCCCCUCUUGCCCCGGGCCUCCUCGGGAAGGUUUGGAGCUGGGACACGGAGCUGGGAACGCGGCGGGGUGGGAGCUGAUCCCGGGAUGACAGCCCUGGAUCCCAGCCCUGGAUCCCAGACCUGGAUCCCAUUCCUGGAUCCCAGCUCUCGAUCCCAGCCCUUGAUCCCAUUCCUGGAUCCCAUUCCUGGAUCCCAGUUCUUGAUCCCAUUCCUGGAUCCCAGCUCUGGAUCCCAUUUCUGGAUCCCAUUCCUGGAUCCCAUUCCUGGAUCCCAGUUCUUGAUCCCAUUCCUGGAUCCCAGCUCUGGAUCCCAAUUCUUGAUCCCAUUCCUGGAUCCCAGCUCUCAAUCCCAUUCCUGGAUCCCAGUUCUUGAUCCCAUUCCUGGAUCCCAGCCCUGGAUCCCAUUCCUGGAUCCCAGUUCUUGAUCCCAUUCCUGGAUCCCAGCUCUGGAUCCCAUUUCUGGAUCCCAUUCCUGGAUCCCAGUUCUUGAUCCCAGCUCUCAAUCCCAUUCCUGGAUCCCAGUUCUUGAUCCCAGCCCUGGAUCCCAGCCCUGGAUCCCAGCCCAGAACAGGACCCUGGCCACGGAGCAGACCCUGCUGCCCCGUGGGCUCCAGGGAUGCCCCAGCCCCAAAACCCCACCCCAGAGCAUCCCCCUGACCCCACUCUGCCGCUCCAGGGAUGCCCCAGCCCCAAAACCCCACCCCAAGGUGUCCCCUGCUCGUCCCCAUCUUGUCCCCUGCUCGUCCCCUUUUCCCCCCCGCCGCUCCAGCGCCGUCCCCCGCGGCCGCAGCGGCCCCAGGAGCAGAAGCCGCGCUCGGAGCCGCUGCCCAGCCAGGCCCGUGCCCUGCGCUCUGCUCCCUGCAAUACAGGAGCUCCGUCUUGACA